AUGUUCACUUAAGAACAAUAGCCUGGCCUCCUAUCUUUUCCAAAUUCAACUUGCUUCUACAGGGAUGUCUUAAAAAUUCUUGGAUUAUUAUAAUUUUUGACUAUGGAAGAGUUUCUUUUUCAUAAUACACUGAAUUUGGGUAAAUCCUUAAUUUCUAAACAAAAUCUUCAGAUACUUUCAGAAUGUUUUGCAACAAACACAUUUUUUAUUCUAAUUAAUCAUAAUAUUUCCAUAUCAAAGUAUUGGAGAAUUUCUUUUAUCAUGGAAUUUGCCUUUCAUAACCUUUAUAGAAGAAUAGCAAUAGCCUACUUUUAUGCAGGGGUUUCCCAAUUUAGGUUCAAAAUUAUGGAGGUUGAAGAAAAAAAAUUAAAUCAUGUAAUUCAAAAUUUAAGAUUAACUGCUUGGAUUUUUGAUUGCUAGGAAUAAGAAAUUUAUUCUAAAAUGUUGCAAAUUCAUAAUGGCUUCAUUAUGGUACACAAUAUUAUUAACUUGUUAGCAUAAAGAAAAUAUGAAAAAUUUGAAGGAACACAAAAGGGAAGAAUUUAGGAAUAUAGCUAUAGAGGGAAUGGUUGUAACAUUAUUUUAAGAAAAAAGAUAUAUUGAAAUGAAUUUCAAUAAAUUUUUUGAUUUUUCAUUAAAAGAAAAAAUAUUAAUAAGACUUUUUUGCCAAAUUAGAUGA